CAAUACUAGUGGCACAGCAACAUCUUAAGUCAGCUCGAAUAGUUAGCCAAACACAAACUUCACAAUGAAACUCUUUAUCGGCGCCCUUACCAUUUGCCUGGUGGCCCUUGCAUUAGGCCAGUCGGCAGAUCCGGCUGCAGCCCUGGAGCCGUCCGCUGAGUACCUGCCCCCCGUUGGCGAAGUGGAGGCGGCCCAGCUCUCCGACGCCGGGUACAAGUACAAGACGGUGCGGCGCCUGAAGCUGCGCCACCGCCGAGAGGUGCCCAGCCAGGAGUACCUUCCGCCAGUAGACAACACACCCAGCCAGGAGUACCUGCCGCCAGUCGACGCCGCUGCCAUCGGGGACACAAAGGUUGCCAGCGACGGCUACAAGUACAAGACGGUGCGAAAGCUCAAGUUCCGUGCCCGCCACCGCCGCGACGUCUCCGAAAUCGCGGAGCCCAGCAACGAGUACCUGCCGCCCGUGGAGGUGCAACUGGCUCCCGAGCUGAAGACCAUUCUCGGGGACGAUGGCUACAAGUACAAAACUGUGCGCCGGCUCAAGCUGCGUCGCCACCGUCGCGAGGCUGCCGCCGAAGAAGACGCUGCCGAUGCCACACCCAAAGGAGAGUACCUGCCGCCCGCCGAGGCUGCCGCUCCCGCAGAGGUCGAGCCAAAGGCCGCCGAGGAGGGCACCGAGCUGGCCAAGGACGGCUACCGCUACAAAGUAGUGCGCCGUCUGCGCUACCGCUACCGCCACUAGGACUCCGACCCAACCACCGAACCUAGGCACGUUGAACCAAAUAGAUCCUGAUAGUACACUCGGGAAGUAGAGUCGCCCUAAGCGACUGACUUCCUCUUCAGCCCUUCCGUAAUACUUAAACUUCAGUUGAGCCCGCAUAUGGAAUAAUAAAAUUUAUUCAAGAAAAAUCAAA